AUCUCAUAGGGGAUUCACGACCCAUUCACUACGCUCUUAUCCAAAAUUCCUGUUUUAUCAAAUGCACGAUGCAAACUUGAUGUUGAGAUUGUUAGAAUAAAGAAAAGCAGAACAAUAUCUGACUCUCAAACACUGAAACUAUUAAUAAAAGAUGAAACUCAAAGUCACUGCUUCUUAAAAGCCUACAAUGCCCGUCGCCGUCGACUACCAUUCACCUUUCAAGUAUUUACAGUAAGAUUACAAAACGCAAUGCAUUUUUAUCUCAAACUCAUGACUAACACUUGAAAAGCUAAGCUUGUUUUGUAUGUGUCUGGCAAUAUAUUAAAUACUGCAGCUUUUUACUUCAUGUGCUCUCACCGCCCGGGAUUUCACGACAAGAACUGCGCAUUGCUGCGUAAAGUGAACGAAUUGAUGGAAAUACUAGGCAUUGAUCUGAGAGAAUAUUAUUUCAAUGUUUGCUGAUUUUGAACACUGAAUCCCAAGGCCCUUCAAGUGCUUUAUCAGUGAACAAACUCAAUGAGUGUAGAAGAGGCAGAGUCAGAGGUCGCAGACAGCUGGGAGGAAGCUGCUGAUUCUGGGAGACGAGCGGCUGGCGGAGCACCUCGCAACAACUGAGCCCUCUGACACGGAAGAAGGACGCCAGGCGCCUGUCGCCGAGGCUUGCAGGAGAACGAACGAUAAGACUCUCUUGGAUAGGCGAGGCUUGCUGGGUGACCAGUGCACUGCUGAUCCGCAUGAAAGUGAGGGAAUGUGAGUUGCCCUAACGCUUGGACGAAUCUCUGAAAUUUUUGGGAAAUCGCUGCUCGUAAAGACACCUUAAGACUUUGCAGACCAUACUGUCGACUGUUUGGUAGAAGUGGCCCGGUCCCGAUAAUGUCGAAGCGCAAGGGUGUCAGUGCCGAGGAGAAGCGGACCCGGAUGCUGGACCUGCUGUACGAGCGGCAGGACUUCUUCCAGCUGAAGGAGCUGGAGCGGCUCGGCCCCAAGGAGAAGGGUGUCGUCUCUCAGUCGGUGAAGGAAGUGAUCCAAAGCCUGGUCGACGACGGACUGGUGGAUACCGAUAAAAUCGGUACCUCUGUCUACUUCUGGGCGUUUCCCAGCAAAGGCGCCGCCGCCCGCAAACGGAAGCUGGCGAACCUGGAGACACAGCUGGCGCAGACGCGGCAGAAGCGGCGCGCGCUGGAGACUCAGCUGGCGGAGGCCGGCGUGGGCCGUGAGGAGGGCGCCGAGCGCAGUGAGCUGCUGCAGCAGCUGGCGGACAGUCAGCGGCGCCGCGCCGAGCUGGACGCUGAGAUCAGCAGGUACAAGGACUGCGACCCGGAGGCCCUGGCGGCGCUGAGGCGCGAAUCGACCACGGCCACAGAGGCGGCCAACCGCUGGACGGAUAACGUGUGCCAGAUCAAAACCUGGUGCAAACGCAAGUUCGCCAUGGAGGAGGCCGUGAUCGACAAACAGUUUGGCAUCCCAGAGAACUUCGAUUACCUGGAGUGAUGUUGGAGAGAAGCGUGAUUCGGUCAUGUGCCUGGUAAAAUGUGCCUGUCUGUUCGAAAGUGUGAACGUAGCUGUCAGCUGUUUUCAUUUCACUUCUUAGGGAAGAGAAUAUGUUUAGUUGUUUUCGUAAGUGAGACACUGUUAUUAGCAAUUCCAGACAGCUAAUGUGCAUCUUUUGCUUUUUGCAAAUACAUUCAGAGUUUUCA